AUGACUAUUAUGCUCCAUGAUGUACAGUACAUACUUGGGUUACCUGUGGAGGGUGAUGCUGUUGUAGAGCAAAGCGGUGUUGCGUCUUUGAAGGCUGACUUUCAGAAUUUUUUAGGGAUAGGAGCAGACAAACUUGUUGCCAAGCCAGCAUCCAUUUGGAAUAACGGGAGGGUGUCAAGUCAGGCCAUAUAUGAGAGAUGCCUAGCAGAGAGAGGUGAUGUUGAUAUCAAGGUGCAGGGUUUCUUGUUGUUAGUUCUAGGAAGCACUAUUUUUGUCGAUAAGAGUGGUAGUCGUAUUCCUCCUUCUUGUAUCUUAGAGGUGAAGAAGAAGGAUGUUCAGCUUUGUCAUUAUUCAUGGGGUUCAGCUACCCUUGCUUAUUUUUAUCGGCAGUUAGGCGUUGCCUUACAGAUAGGUUGCAAACAGAUUGCUGGGUGUUUGACGUUGUUACAGUCUUGGAUUUACGAGUAUUUUCCUGCAUUUCGACCUGUUCAGGGUUGUUUAGCCAUAACAUCGACUGAUGCUCGAUCCGCCAGGUGGGACACACGGAUUCAGGAAAGGGACUACCAUCGUGUAGUUUCUUUUCGUAGACGCCUUGAAUAG